UUCACCGAGAGAACGAGCAGGAAAAAACGUCUCUUUCUCUGCGUGUUCCUCCAGCUCCUCGUCUCCGGACUCUCCUCAAACACCCCGCCGCCCCUGGGUGUCUUCAUGAUCGGAGCCAGGACAGGAUAAAGAAGAAAGAAAUCCUUAUAGCCUACCAGUAACGCAUCGGAUUUUUUUUUUUUGUAUUGUUAUUGCUUCACUGACCUCUCCUUUCUUUCUUCUUCCUUCGGUUGAUUUCGCCUCUUUGGUCUUUCGGUUGUUUUUUUUUUUUUUUUUUGUUUUGUUUUUGUUUUUCUUUUAUUUAUUGCUCGCUGGCUGUUGCAGAGGAGCGCCACCAUCCUGCACUGCCUGACAUGAGUACGCUCUUUUAUCCAGUUGCAGCGGAAUGACACACAUAUCCUAGCCCGCUUAUCAGAAGGUUGAUGGAAGAUUGACGCUCUAUUUGCACGUUUUUUAGUAGCCUAGAUCUCUCUCCAUCUGCAGAGGUUUUGGAUUUUUUCCCCCCUCUGAGCCGAUCAUCCGCCGCUCCAGCGUUUCUUUUCUUUCUCCCUGCGCAGCAUCUCUGUACGCACGGCGCACCACGGAGAAACGCGCAGCUAACCUUCCCCGUCCGUAAGAAACAAGCGUAUUUUUCCAAUUCCUAAAUCGCUUUCGCCUUCUCUAAGGACUCAUCUGCACGGCUACGCUGCGUUAAAAAAAAAAAAACAACGGGAAAAGGGGGGAUUUAAACGCAAACGCAGCCCAAGCAUCCAAGAGCAAGCUCGAAAAUGAUGGCCGGCGGAGCUGUACAGCAAAACGGGAUUUUCUCAAAUCCUCAUCAUCACAAUCAACAACCACACAUGGAGUCCGAUCCCCCGGACUCGCGUAAAAGACCCCUGGAGACUCCGACGGAGGCCAGCAGCACCAAACGCACAAACACGGGAGUGGCCUUCCUGCAGCCCCUAUUUGAAACUGAAGGCAUUGUAUUCCCUCACCAAGAAACUGAGACUCAUGAGGAAGGCGAGUACUUCCUGAAGGUUUUGAUUCCCAGCUAUGCGGCGGGUUCGAUCAUCGGGAAGGGAGGUCAGACCAUCGUCCAGCUGCAGAAAGAGACUGGAGCCACCAUCAAACUGUCCAAAUCCAAAGACUUCUACCCCGGGACGACAGAGCGGGUGUGUCUGAUCCAGGGGACGGUGGAGGCGCUGAACGGAGUCCAUGACUUCAUCGCUGAGAAGGUGAGGGAGAUGCCUCAGAGCACCCAGAAGACAGAGCCGGUCAGCAUCCUGCAGCCACAGACCACCGUCAACCCCGACCGCGUCAAACAGGCCAAGCUGAUCGUCCCCAACAGCACGGCGGGGUUGAUCAUCGGUAAAGGCGGAGCUACAGUCAAGGCGGUGAUGGAGCAGUCCGGGGCGUGGGUCCAGCUAUCCCAAAAGCCCGAGGGUAUCAACCUGCAGGAACGUGUGGUCACCAUCAGCGGAGAGCCCGAGCAGAACCGCAAAGCCGUAGAGAUCAUCGUCCAGAAGAUCCAGGAAGACCCACAGAGCUCCUCCUGCCUCAACAUCUCGUACUCCAACAUCACAGGGCCCGUUGCCAACUCCAACCCCACUGGCUCCCCGUACGCCAACUCGACCGAGGUCAUGCCAGCCGCCGCAGCCGCCGCAGCCGCCACAGCCUCCUCUCUGCUCGGACAGGCCAGUCUGGCCGGGGUCGGGGCCUUCCCGACAACCAUGUCCAGCCUCUCAGGCAACGACCUGCUGGCCAUCACCUCGGCCCUCAACACUCUGGCCAGCUACGGCUACAACACCAACUCCCUUGGGUUGGGCCUGAAUCCCGCUGCAGCCUCAGGGGUGUUAGCCGCUGUAGCAGCUAAUGCUAACCCAGCAGCAGCCGCCGCAGCUAAUUUGUUAGCAUCCUAUGCCAGUGAUGCAUCCACCAGCGCAGGUCACCCAGCAGCUGGUCUCGGUGGCUUCUCCCUGGGAUCCCUGGCUGCCGCUACAGGGGCCACCAACGGCUACUUAAGCGCCGCAUCGCCACUGGUGGCGUCAUCUCUACUGGCCACGGAGAAGCUAGCAGAAGGAGCAAAGGAAGUGGUCGAGAUCGCCGUGCCAGAAAACCUGGUGGGAGCCAUCUUGGGGAAAGGCGGGAAGACGCUAGUGGAGUACCAGGAGCUGACCGGCGCCAGGAUCCAGAUCUCCAAGAAAGGCGAGUUCAUCCCUGGAACUCGGAACAGGAAGGUGACCAUCACGGGUUCCCAGGCCGCCACACAGGCUGCACAGUACCUGAUCAGCCAGCGAAUCACCUACGAGCAGGGGGUACGCGCCACCAACCCACAGAAGGUGGGCUAAACCUGACAGCCAAUGAGAAACGAGGAGGAAAAGAGGAAAAAAAAAAAGAGUGGGGGCUUGGGGGAGGAGUAUAAAAAAAGUGAGAGUGAGAAUGGAAAAAGGAGAGGAGAGCAAGAAUGUCAGAAGGAAUCGUCCGCGCCGUUUUCUUCUGCGUGUUUUCAGUAUUCUCUAUUAAAAAAAAAAUUUUUUGACGCGAAGCAAAAAUGUGCUGAGAAGACGAGGAGGGAGAGGAGCGAGUUAUCACGCUGAAAAACCAAGAAAAAAAAAUGUGUAACAUGUAAAUAAGGUUUUAUUACUUAACGUCUUGACCUUUCGGGAUUUUUUAUUGUUUGUUUUAUUGUUUUGUUUUGUUUAGUAAAUUAAGCUGUCUGUUUGUUUGUUUGUGUAUUGUGUGGACAAAGCUGAAUGCCAUGUAGACAGGCCGACUGCCUGAGAGGCUACAGGAAGUGGGGGGAGGGAGGGAAGGGCAUGGGUGCGGAGGGGGGGAGGGUUUGUGUUUACAGGGUGCAACCCUCCACCCCCCCAACCCAAAAUCCCUUAUGGAAACAACCCUUAUCCCUCCCUCUCCCUGCAGCCCACACCCAUCACCCUCCUGUAGGGUUUUUGUUUUUCUUCUAGUUUUGAUUUGUCCCUCGCCCCCUCCCCCUCUCCUCCCAAAGCCCCUCUCACUACUUGCCCCCCCCUGCCUUGUCCCCACCCCCACCCCCUUUUAUAAGGGUUUUAUAAUGAGCAAGACUGCAAACUUCAGCCUGGUGUGUGAGAGGAGAAACGUCCUCGAACUCCCCCUAACACCUUUUAUUCUCUCCCCAGCCCAUGAUCUCACCUCCCCCCUCCUCCCUCCUUUCUGGGAGAUGAAGGAAGGGUGAGGUGAAAUUGGGGAGGGGUGUAAGGGGGGAGAGAAUCAGCUGGGCGUUUCUUCAUUUGCACACCCCACCCGACCCCUCCCGUAUACCCUGUGAUGUAUCCCACAAGCAGUGCAGCGCCACAGGGGUGUUACGGCACGUAGCGCCCCCCAUACGCAGCUCUAGUGUUUGAGAUAGAAUGCCGAGGCGCACGCUGAUGACCUCACGUAGUGCGAAACCUAGAAACGACGAGAGUGAUACUGUGCAAGCUGCGGCAAACACACAGGAUCUAUGGCAUUUUUUGCAGUCUGCUGUGAUAAUUCUGUUAAUGAUAUUGUCAUGAUUAUUACGAUAGGAAUCAUCACCAUCGUCAUUAUUUAUUAAUGAGUUCACCCAUAGAAAGCUCAGUUGUUUCUUUUUUUUUUUAUCUGUGAAUUCAGGUUGACAUGAAUGUAAAUGAGACUAUUUUUGAUUUGAAUCUUUUGUUUUAAUUUAAGUGGAUUGAAGAUGAAUAGUAAUGUCACAUAGUGUAAUAUAUGUCUUAUUUAAGUCCAGUAUGAAAGCCGCCCCAGGCAUUAAGUUCAUUACAGUGAAGGAUCACCUUAUAUAUCCAGUCAAAAAGCAGAACAGGGAACGCACACACACAUGCACACACACACGUACACACUGAAACAAAACACUAUGAUGCCAUAUUUGGUGCUAGAAAAGGGAAUUCACCAUAUCUACAAUGCAGACCGCAGUGAGACCUCUAGAUUAGCAAGAAAAUAUCUGUAAACCACUCCACAGGCUGCAGUGCAGCGUCUUAGCAGCUAUAUUAACCUUAAACGCCUGGUUAUCAUGCUCGGCUAUCCUAGCUCAUGCUCCAAAAUAUCCCUGCUGUUCUAUAUCUGUAGUAAACUUCCCUGUUACAGUUUGCCUAAAAUGUAAAAUUGUAACUGGAAUGAAUAAUUGAGUUGAAGUGAGACUAGCUCUCAAGUGAACUGCUACUGCUCAGCCUGUGGUCUUCCAAACCUUUAGAUGAAACCAAACCACAGACUAGAUCAAGUCAGAGCACUUAGGACUCACAACGUACUACUGAGAAAUGCAAACAUUGAGUGAGAGGAAACACUGAAACAUGACGAGGGAACAUUGUUCGUCCGGGGUCCACUGCUGAAUCUGCAAGCCUCGCUAGUAGAUUUGCUAUUUUAAAGCAGCGUGCAUAUCAGUAAAGGAGAUAAACAGCCUCACUGAUCUUUACCCUUAUCAAGCAACCGUCUGACUGCCGAUGAGGUAAAGGGCAGACAUGAGAGAUUUUCAACAUACGUCCAGGGAGCUGAGCUCGUUUCUGCCUCUGGCAAACUGCAGGUCUCCCAUGGCAACAGGUUGACUGCCCACUGUAGACCCACAAGGCUGCUGAAGAUGCUGUUGUUUCUUUUGUUGUUAAUUUUUUUGUUUGUGUCGUGUUUUUUUUUUUUUCUUUGUUUUUUUUUUUACAAUCGGAGUACACUGAAUUUUUGUCUUAAUGCACUGUGAAGCGAGGGAGCGGUUCUCUCGGCCUAUGAGGUCAGGGAUGUGUGCUGUAGACGGCAUCGUGAUUGGAUGGCUUUUGUAUGGCAGGGAGAAAAAAAAAACACACAUAUAUGAAAUAUAUGUAGAAUGCAUAUGAAGAACUUCACCAGAAAUGCACGUCAUAUCUGAAUUCUGAAGGAGGAGAAAGAGACUAGGUCGAUGAAGAGGAUCAAUCAAUUGAGGUCAAGAGUUGAGAUCAAUUAGAUUCUACUUACCUGUUGUCUUGGAAAAGUGUUUUUGUAAUUAGAGGGUGGGAUGUUGGGGGAGUGUUAGGUGUCCAGUAGCAGAUUAAAGAGACUGGAACAAAUUCUAAAUUCACUUUUCUAUCGCAGCUGUGUCUUUUUCAUAAACAGUUGAAAUUGAUAAUGUUCUGUACAUCCAAUGGGCAAAUCCCUGGACAGAUAGUCCAACAGGAGACGAAGUGUGAUGGAAUGUAAAAUGCCAAAAAUGAGGAGGGGGGUGCAUUUGAUUUAUUGACCUACACAGCCUGGUGAGGGGAGGGAACUCCUCUAAGAUAAAAAGAAAAGAAAAGAAAAAAAAACCCAAUCCGACCCAAAAUCCUCCACUGUGCUAUCGAAUGUGUCACUCUCUGUUGGAGCGCCAGUGAGGGUUUAUCUCCACAGCUUGGUAAGGAGGCUUCUUUACUCCCAUCUAACACCAUCCACACUCUCCUCACCCUCCCUCCCACCCGUCCUCAGUCCUCCAGUGCACUCCCAUCCUGACACCCCCUCUCCUCCUACCACAUCGCUCCAUGGGUGACUAUGUCUGGUGUUACGAUCAAUGCAUGUCUGCUGCUUGCCCUGACAAACACCACAGAUUGAGUCUCUCUCCUCUUUGCCUCCUCGGGUGGCUGAGGCUCGGAGACGCCCUGAUGCACCACCAUCAGAAAAUGACCACACCUGCAGAGGAAGUCAUAGUUGAGGCUGGCAGGGCACAGUGCACAAACACUCUCAUCUGUAGUUUGGAUCAGUGCGUUUUAUAAUAUACACUGAAGAGAAACGUUGUUGAUUUGGAAUACCUUGCUGCACAAACAUAAAACAUACACAUAUCUUGAGGGAAUAUUUUAUGUCAUUAAUGGGGUUUGACUGGAUUUAUGUUUGAUAUUUUGUGGCAAAAACCUCAUAACACCAGAGGAAGAUAGUGUGCUUUUGUUCCACUGUAGAGCUGUACUGUGCUGUAAGCAGUCAGUUACCCAUUUUCCAUUUGAUUUAGUGCACAUUAAGUCAGGUUUGAGAAGGUAGACUCCUGCUUGAUUUAUCAUUUAUCAAGCAAAAACAUUGUAAAAGGAAUAUUUUGGGUGUUCGGACUGUUGUAGACUGUUCUUGCAACUUGUGACAGACAUUUUCCACUAUUUUCCCACAUUUUCUACACAAAAAAAAAGACUAAAAUUACAGAAAGAUAUGAAAAUAAUUAGUAUUUGCAGCUUUUUCUCCAAUAGAGCAAACCUGCUUUGUAUUCUAUGGAAAGCCAAACAGUUCUGAUUCUUGACAAGUGAGCAGGUUUAGUAAUUUACCUGGAAGCCUUCACGUUUCAACACUAGCCUCCUUUAGGAUGCAGCACAGUACGUUUACAGUGGAAAAACUGCAUUGAAAUUCCUGUUAUAGGCGCAAGCUGAGUCAUUAUAAUACGGGACGGAUUUCUUUUUCAUCUCACUAAUUAAACCUUAGGAAGAUCUUUUUUGGUUUGUCUCUUACAACGGCGGCCAAUCUCUUUAGUUAUCUUAAUGUUAGGGGAUCGAGAUAAAAUGUGAUGAGUACUGGAAGCAAUACACGUAGUGGCAUGUUGUCUUGUCCUGUUCUUUAUCCUCUGUCUGCCGUAGGAGCUUUUGGAUUUACCUGUAGAUGUUGAAUAGGUUUACACGAGUACAUUUUUUUAAUUUGUGGAAAAUGCUGCUAUUUAAUAAUAACUGAUGUACUAAAAAUACAAGGUUAAAACAUAUCGAAAUCUGUCCUUUAGCUGGAGAGGCUAGUCUCAAGUGGCAGUGUAAUACACGCUCUGUUAUAAGCUCAUGAUAAGUUAAUAAUAGUGUAAUUCUAACCUGAACAAGUUAAACCUGUGCCAAAAUAGGUCUUCACAGAGUGAAACUGUAAAUGUGUUGAUUUAAACCACAUUAGAUAAGAGGAGACAUACUUUUAUAUUAAGAAAAUGUGAAAAGUGCCAAAUGAACCAUAUUUAUAAUUUACAUAGGACAGGAGUAGUCCUCGUGACGGUUUAUAAGAACUAGGUAGACUAACGGUCAAAACGCCUCAGUAUAGCUGUUUGUUUAAGCCCUCUCUGUUCCUGCCACAAGAGGAGGGACCGCCAUGUUAGCCAAGUGUUAGCCAGUCCUCUGGGAACUACCCGUCCCAGAAUGCAACAGCACUAUGACUCUGGGGCUAGACAAAUCAAUAUAGUGAUAGGUUAGCAUAAUUAUGCUAAAAAAAAUGUGACUUGAUAGCAUUCUUAAAUACAGCCUUUUAUAGUUACAAUGAAAAUGUAUUUUGUGGAACUAGAUGUUAUCUUUUUGCACGUCUAUAUUGCAUGAUAUCAAAGUGAAGCGUGGACAAAAAAAAAAGGAAAAAAAUCAAAGAAACAAAAAAGAAGUGGCGAAAAAAAACAUUAGGCAGUGUGUGUCAUUCAUUUUUCAGAGACAAAUCUUUGCAUGCCGAUAAGGGUAGAGCAUUUUGAUAUUGUUUUACACGCGUUCAAAUGUUCGUUGUUUUUCCAAGCGACCGUGUUGAGUCCUGUUCCACCAGCCAAAGGUGAACAAAAUGUUUGAUUUCGACAUCAAAACAGAAUAAGUAUUUUGUCGUUAAGUGAUCUAACUAUCCUCGAAAGGGAUACGAAUAAAACUCUCGAACAAACCUAAGACUAUUUUGCUACUUGCUGAGCGAGCUUGUACUUUAAAAUUUCUCAGUUGCUGCCUAACUUUAGAAAAAGAAAAAAUCAGGAUUUCAUUUUAAAUAAAGACUGAGAUUGUCCAUGAAUGUACUCACCUCUGCAUAAGUUUGCAUAUCACUCCUCUGACCAUUGACGUGCAGUAGAGGCUUAUGUGUGUUUUGUGUGUUUUUGUACUUUAACAUUACUAACCCUCGGCGCACUGUGUCGAACUCUCAGUAUAACUCUGUUGUCUGUCCUUUUACCCCCCCUCCACGCUCUGAGCUCUGGCUUGUCUUGUCAUUGAUAUGCACCUUAUUGACCUCAAAUAUGACAUGGAGCAUCUCCGGCCCCGCCCAGUGUGUGUUAAGCGGGGCUGGGAGAGAUUUGUAAACAGAGAGUGCAUGAGAAAGAGAGGUAAAAAAAAAAAAAAAAAAAAUCCCCCUCCCUCACCUACAAAUCCCAAAAAACACACACACACAACAAGUCUGUCUGCUGCACUCUCGGCCUCCCUCGGGUGCCUCACUGCAGAAUUUGGGACAGAUUGUGUUUUCACUCCCUUAAUAUGCAAUCCAAGGCUCUGAUCUCGGCGAGAGAAACAACGCUGAACAUUGCCAGUGUGUUUUUCAAGUGGUGAUGUUUUGAAUCCCGAUCCUGCCCUCUCUUUCUUUCUCUCAAUCGCUCUCUCUUUUCCUCCUAGUUCAGUUCAAUUAGAUGCUUUAUCGGCUUCAGUGUCAAACACAAAAAAAAAAAAAAAAAAAUUUGCCAAAGUCUGUCCACCUCUCUCACUCUCUCAUUCUUUAUUAUGCAACCAGAAACCACAGUAUUUUCAGUGUGGUCAUGUUUUGUAUCCUGACAGAUGUUGUCAUGGGAAAUGGCCCGCUUCCUACAAACCCCCCCCAAAAAAAAAAAAAAAAGUCAAAAUUUCCAUUUCUGCUCCUAGCGACAUGUUUGCACUAAACUUUCUGCUGUUAUUGUGCAUGGCAGGCCGAGCUGAGGUGGGGGUCAGUGUGCGAGACUACUGUAGAUGUGUAGCCUUACUGUAGGUGUUUAUUCAGCAGUGUAUUUAGAUGUGCAUGCUCCUCUCUCUCCCUCUCUCUGAGUUUGUCUGCUUUAGGCCAGCUCCGUGCUCGUGGUGUCUGUGUUGCGACGUAGCCGGCUAGUCAUGUUUUUUUUAUUUUUUAUUGUGAUGUGUAGAGGAAUGCAAACUUAACUCUCACCUGCUCGCCAGGUGACCUCAUCGCUUCUCAGUGGGUGUGGCUCUUCGACAUAGUCCUCAGAUCUUGUUUUAUUUUGCCCCUCCCCCUACCACCGCCACCGCCCCCCACCCACCUUCACCAACUCAAACCCACUCUCACCCACACCCACCACUGACCCUCCCACCUCUUCAAAACACCCUCUACAACAUAUUAUGGGACCCCCGCUCCUCCCCUUUUCCACCCCCACUUCCUCCCCCAACUCGGGCCCCAUUGAAGCACCAGCAACUGUAGACUGCAUUUGUCAUAUCACUGUUUUUCUGUUCCUUCUUCUCGUUCUCUGUUGAUUUUUUUCCUGGUUUUGAUUUGUACUGUAUGCUCUGUCUAACCUAGACCAGUUUUAACAAAAUGCCAUUUCUGUGUGUAGCCUGUUUACCCGUCCCACACACACACACACACACACACACACACACACACACACAGACACACACACAUACACAUACACAUACACACACUUUCUUCCAUGCCCUCUUUUUUGCACUUUCACUGCCCACUCCUCCUCCUUGCCCAAACAUACACACACUUUCCUCCUCCGCCUCCCACGAGUCUCUUCUCUCGAGUGCCAAAAUAGAACAGAGAGGAAAAACACAAAAAAAAAAAAAAAAAAAAAGACAACAACAACAACAACUACCAUUCCAAGCGUUUCUUUGAGUUGUUCUUGUGUGUCGGACAUCCAUCCUGGAAGCACCCAUGAAGCCAGCAUGCUCCGCCCUCAUAACAUGAUGUCGCUCAUGACGCCUCAACUGAACAGCACCUUGCCCCCCACCACCACCACUCCUCCUCCUCCUCCUCCUCACCACCCCCCACAGAGCUAAACCCGACAAGGAUUAACCCCUCUGCAGGUUGGCUACCUACCUACUGUCCUGCCUCUCAACCUACCUAAAAAGCCCUACCGCUCAUGCCAGCUGCUUUCCUAAUUCUGUCAUCUCUUCAGCCUGUGGGACUUCAUUGAUUGUGUGCCAUAGUGUUGGGGGCACCUUUCACUCUCCUCACCCGUCCCUCUUUCUACCCCCCGUCCCCCUCCUCCACCUUUUCUCUCUCUCUCUCUCCCCCCCUCCCUCCCUCCCUCUCUCGCUCUCGCUCCAUUUGAUUUUUCUCGAUGGGAAAGAUUCAAAAACUCCAUUUUCUAAUGAUGAUUUUUUUUGUUGUUGUUUAACAUCCAAACCACGCACGCCGACACACGCACCGCCCCCGCGCGGUGGUGUGAGGAGUGUUUACGCACCGUCAGCUGCGCAGCCAUCCUCUGUCUUCUUGAACUUUUUGAACUUUCACCCCCUCAUGAACUUUAUUGACCUUCUUCCUCCUCCUCCUACCCCCCUUCUGUGUUCAUCCAACUGUUUGGACGAUAACUCUCCAUUCCAUCCCCAAAACCUCUCUGAGACUGUGCAAUGCUAGCUGAUAUGAUUGGAUUUUUUUGUUUGUUUGUUUGUUGCUCAUCAUUGGGGACAAUUCUCUGAGAUAUAAGUCGAAAAAGAACAAAAAAAAAAAAAAACAACAUAUGAAAGGAAGCAAAAAAAACAUCCAAAAAAAAAAAAAGAAAUGCAGACAAACAAAAAAAAAAAAAAAAACACUAAACAACUGUUUCUCCACAAUUUCAUUUUUUUUCUCUCUCAUUGUAAAUAUUUUUGUCAGAUUUUUGCCGAGCUGUAAAGAGAGAAGUGUUGAGCAGAAAGGGGCCGGCAGCAUAAAGAGGUACUAGUGGACGCGGUAGACGAUCAUUACACUCUUCAUCCUCUGUAUCCGAUAGUUAGGUCUGCCUGUAUAAUCGGCUAUGCUAGUUCUACUGUGUUAACCUGUGCUGUUGUUAUUAGUGUUGAUUUACCUACUGUAUUCGCUGUUUAGCUUCCAUGUUGGCUAGCAAACUCUUUAGAUACCUGUGCUCAUCGAAUAAUAAUACUAACCUUGAGAAGUAGUCCGAGCCAUUCUCAACGUAGGCUUGUUUUUGUACAUUUGUUGAUGUUUUCCUAACAGUGAGUUGUAGUGGCGCUAGUAUCUUUUAUCAUCAAGCCAUAGUUAUUGAAAUUGCUUGGUCGUGUUAGAGACAUAUCAUCGUGGAAAACGGCUCGACUCGGCUCCUCCAGGUUGGAAAAAAAAACCCAGGGAGGUGUGUAGAAAAAACGAAAAAGUUUAAAAAGAAACUAAGCUCCUCCCGGGCUACAAAACGAGGAAGCUGAGCUGCUAACUUUUGUGCAAUACAGUCCUAGUUUACAUAACAUAGAAUGAUAGUUUAGAGAUGAUUAACCUCUGCAGGUGCCGCUCAACCAUCCUGCUGCCUGCAGAACCAAACUUGUGGCAUAUCUCCAUAUUCCGCCUGUACAUCAGAGACAUUUUGAAAGUAUUAACGUGACUGCGUGAGAUUAGACUCCACCAUUUCAUCGCAUUGCUCUGAGCUCCACUCUUGAUUUAUGCUGCCUGCCCCAUUGCCCUGAGAACACCACAUGAGCUAUUUAUUUCUCAGACUAUUAUUAUUAUUAUACUAUUAAUAAAUAACAACGCAACAAGAAAAAGGGAACGACUGGAAAAAGGUGAAUUAAUAUUAGUAUUGUUUUGUUUUUAUUUUUAGUAUUUUAGUGGUUGCUUUUAACAACAUUCAUUAACUGACUUAAAGAGUAUUGAAUAUUUAAUGUAAUUGUAGCAUUGUGUUUGUAAAGAGAAAAAAAACCUAGUGAGUUGUGUUUCUUGACUUGUGGAUUACCAGUGAAGUGGGCAAUCUAGUGCUAAUAUAUAUGAGGUCUUUUUUUAAGGAUUCUUAUUUUGCGACAGCAACAGCAGUCAUUAUAAAUGUUCAUUUUAGCAUCA